UCCACCUCAUUGUUUAGAUAUAUACAUUCACAAUGCUUUUAGCUCCAACCUAAAAUGGUUUAUGUUUCAUCCCCACUUCUGUACCUAUUGCAAGGAUGCAACCCCUUAAAACCCCCAAUCAUCUACCGUUCAUUUCAGACAUCACCCGAUGCAUACAUUAAACACAUUGAGAUGUACGCUCAAGAUCGAGCGUUGCACUCAGGAAAAAAACUACAUGCCCACCUGAUCACAACCGGCUUUGCUCGUUUAACCCAUUUUGCCGCCAAGCUCAUAGCCCUCUACACGGUUUGUGGAGAACUAUCCCAUGCACGCAAGCUGUUCGACAAAAUUCCCACAACAAAUAUACACCGUUGGAUCGCCCUUAUCGGAGCCUAUGCUCGGUGCGGCUUUUACCAGGAGGCUCUGGGUGUGUUCCGUGAGAUGCAAGGACAAGGGUUGAGACCAAACAAGUUUGUCAUUCCCAGCAUUCUCAAAGCCUGUGGUCAUGUCUUGGACCGAAAAUCCGGGGAGAAAGUACAUGGGAUAGUUUUGAAGUGUUCAUUUGAAUCUGAUGCUUUUGUGAAUAGUGCAUUGAUUGAUAUGUACUCGAAAUGUGGCCAAGUUGAAAAGGCGUGGCACGUAUAUGAUGGAAUGGUUGAAAAGGAUUUGGUGGCAUUGAAUGCUAUGGUUUCGGGCUAUGCUCAACAUGGGUUUGCCAAAGAAGCAUUGGAUUUGGUGAAAAAGAUGCAAGCUUUAGGAGUGAAGCCUAAUGUAGUGACUUGGAAUAGCUUAAUUGCAGGGUUUUCACAAAAGGGUGAUCAAGUAAUGGUAUCUGAACUGUUUAGUUUGAUGUAUAGCAAUGGGGUUGAACCUGAUGUGGUAUCUUGGACUUCAGUUAUAUCAGGAUUUGUGCAGAAUUUCCGUAAUGAUGAGGCAUUUGCUAUGUUUAGAAAGUUAUUGGAUCAUGGGUUUUAUCCGACUUCUGCUACAAUAAGUAGUCUCUUACCUGCUUGUGCAACUGCGGCUAAUGUAAAGUGCGGGAAGGAGAUUCAUGGGUAUGCAUUGGUGAUUGGAGUUGAGAAUGAUAUAUUUGUAAGGAGUGCUCUUGUUGACAUGUACUCAAAAUGUGGAUUUAUAGCUGAAGCAAGGAAUUUGUUCUAUCAGAUGUCUGAGAAGAACACAGUUACUUGGAAUUCAAUGAUAUUUGGGUGCGCAAAUCAUGGGCACUGCAAUGAAGCAAUUGAGCUGUUCAAUCAGAUGGAGAAGGAAGAUGGAAAGAAGCCUGAUCACCUGACUUUCACAGCAGUUCUAACUGCUUGUAGCCAUGCAGGGAUGGUUGAAUUUGGACAGAGACUGUUCCACUUGAUGCAAGAAAAAUACAGGAUUAUGCCAAGACUUGAGCAUUAUGCAUGCAUGGUGGAUCUUCUUGGUAGAGCUGGAAAACUUGCUGAAGCUUAUGAUAUGAUUAAGGGAAUGCCCAUUGAGCCUGAUUUAUUUGUAUGGGGUGCAUUACUAGGGGCAUGCAGGAAUCAUGGGAAUGUAGAUCUUGCUGAAGUAGCAGCUGAGCAUUUGUCAGAGCUUGAGCCUGACAGUGUAGGAAACAAUUUGCUACUGUCAAGUUUGUAUGCUGAUGCUGGAAGUUGGGGGAAUGUUGUCAGGUUGAAGAGAAUAAUGAAGAAACGGAGGUUAAGAAAAUUUCCCGGGUGCAGUUGGAUAGAGGCCAGCUGAUACAAAAAUAUCACUCUAAAAGGUUGUACAAUGCUUCAUACAGAACAGAGAGAUAUUUUGUGGGAUCCUUCAAGUGAUCAUCAGCCACAUCCUUGCUUCAUGCAUGGUUCGACUCCUCAUUACAGGGUAGUUGAAAAUUAUUGCACAACCCAGAAUAUGACAUUAGUUACCACUUUUGGAACAGGAUGGGAGCUGUGUUGGAAAUGGACCAUUUAAACUCGGAAAGAAAAUGAGCUGCAUGCUAUCAAUGAUAUCAGGAAAGGGUGUAAGAUAUAGCAGAUAAACUUCUGUGAUUUCCAAUGAAAUCUACAGCAGGAUGUUUAUUGUCCAUCGGCUACUCUUGGGGACAAUCAAUCCUUUGCAACUAGAUCAAAAAUGGAAGACAGAAGUUCGGAAUGAAGAUCAUCCUCUGCCACCAAAUUUAUUCUCCUCUCUCUGCCUUUGAAUGAUAUUAGGGGGAGAGUAAUAGGAGCCACGGUUCUAAUUAUUUUCAGAUUGCCAAUUCCAUAACUCAUAAUUAUAUAUAAUUCUAUUGUUAAAUUGAUCUCACACUUGAAUUUGAAGAAAAACAUGCCCCAUAUUUUCUCAA